AUGGCAGACGAUAAGUACAAUUUGAAGAAUCCGGCUAUGAAGAGAGUUUCACAGGAGGUUAAAGAGAUGGAAUCUAAUCCAUCAGAUGAUUUCAUGAGCCUUCCAUUCAAGGAGAAUAUAUUUGAAUGGCAAUUCGCCAUCAGGGGUCCGCGUGAUACUGAAUUUGAAGGAGGAAUCUAUGAUGAACGGUUUCAGUUGCCUGCUGAAUAUCCAUUUAAGCCCCCAUCAUUUAUGCUGUUGACUCCUAAUGGGCGCUUUGAAACCCAGACUAAGAUAUGCUUAAGCAUUUCAAAUAACCACCCAAAGCACUGGCAACCAUCAUGAAGUGUGCGUACUGCCCUUGUAGCACUAAUUGCAUUCAUGCCUACCAACCCAAAUGGUGCAUGGGGAUCACUAGAUUAUAAGAAGGAAGAGAGGUGUGUUUUGGCUAUCAAAUCUCGUGAAGCUGCCGAAAGAUUUGGGACUCCUGAACGUCAGAAGCUCAUUGAUGAGAUUCAUGAAUAUAUGUUAAGCAAGGCACCCCCUGUUCCUCAACUCAGCCCUCUACACUGCUCUGAAGAACACCCUAGCAACAGGGAGGGGGAGGCCUAAGAAAGUUCCCAAGAUGCUGGGGGUAUGCCCUCCCAGCAAGGGCUUCCAAAUCCUGCUGUGGGUGAAAGGAUUACUGGAGAAAUUCAGGACGUUCCUGCCGAUGCUAAUCCCAGCCCGACAGUAGCUAGAGCAUCACAAGAGGCUCCUGCCAAUGCUAAUCCCAGCCCUUCAGGAGUUAGAGCAUCAGGAGAGAUUUAUGCU